UCCCACGCCACCCCCCCCCCCCCACCCCUCCUCCCAAAACCCCAGUUCAUUCCAGGCUUCAAAUCCGCCACCUUUUGCACCUACACAAGAGCACACACAGUCACACUUUCCCUACCAACAUUAGCUGCUCUUCUUCACCCAAGCAAACCAAACCCAAGGCAAGAACCACUUCCUCCUCAGACCUCGUGAGCGCUCUCUCUCUCUCUCUCUUCGCUCCUCCCACCUAACAGCAGCUCCUUAAAGAGGAGGGGGAGGAGCAAUGUCGGAGCAGCCAUUGCCUCAGCCUCGGAGCAGCAUGAGGGAGGCGCUGGAGAAGGAGGACAAGGAGAAGGUGGCGGCGGCGGCGGCCAAGGAGAAGGUGGCGGCGGCGGCGGCCAAGGAGAAGCCGGCCGUCCCCAAGAACGGUGGGGGUGGCAACGGCGGAGGCAAGAACGUGGGCGGCGGGGGGAACAACGGCGGAGGGGCCCCGCCCGGGGAGGAUACGGCGCGGGAGAUUCAGGUGGUGAGGGAGGCGUACCGGCGCGAGACGGCGGCGCCGGCGUACGUGAUACCGGAGGAGCCGCCGGCCAUGGUGGAGCUGGUGGGGUGGUACCUCUACAGCUUCUGCUCCUACUUCAUCACUCACCUGCUGCUGCCUGUGCUCUUCCCCGCCAUCGUCACGCAGGUCGCCUUCCCCUCCUCCGACUUCACGCCGGACCCCAAGUACACCGUCAAGGGCGCCACCUGCUCCGUCCACGAAAUGUCCAUGUACCAAAGGCUGACCAGGCACUCUAUUGUCAUUGGUGGAUCUGGGAUGUCGCCUUUGGGCUGGAGUGGUCUUUCAUGGGCGAUUGGUAUCCUCGUUGUGGCGCCAAUCCUCACCCAAACUGCGCACCACCUUGACCGUGGCCAGUACCAGUCACUGAUCCUCAUCGCUGCGACGUCCUUUGGUUCAUUCUUCUGCCUCCUCACUGGCUUCUUCAAGACAGUAUGGGUGUUCCUCUUCUACAUCCUCUUCAUUGCUGGAUCAAUCAUUGUUGCUGAGGCUGUGCACACCCGCAACCUUGGACUGAUGAUCCGUGGACUUGUUGCCCACGACUCUGGCAAGCACCUUGUACUUCGCCGUCGCGCUGCUGCCAGCCAGCUCACUCUGUAUAGCAGUGCCAUUGGAGGCAUUGGGGCUGCCCUAAUGGCCGCGUUCAUGUACCACAUGCUGCGGCGCACUGACCAGCUUACUGGUCUGUGGGUUGUCUCCAUCUUCAGUGGCCUUAUCUGGUUCAUUGGCAUCUGCCAUGGUCUCUUCACAAACCGCCCCAGCAGCUCAUCACCCACCACACCAUUAGAGCCCAACUUUUUCACCAAGCUCAGCUACAGCAUGACUCUCGUGCGUUAUCCACAGUCCAUUGGAAGCUUGGUUGCAGUGUUCCUGUCAUCUUUCGCCACAAUGUGUAUCUUCACCAGCGCAACUCUCUAUGCCAUUGGUGGUGUUUGCAUCAAGCCAGUCCUCGUGCUCGCGCUGUGGAUCCUCUACUUCCUGUUCCCCUUGAUCUCACUUCCAGUGCUACACCCGAUCCAGAUCAUCAUUCGUGCUGAUGCUGUCCGCAUGCAGCUGCUUGGGUUCAUAAUCUGCCUAUUUGUGUCCGGUGCUGGGUUCUACUUCAAGAGCCGCAGGUGGAGGGCUGCACACAUCAUCGUUAUUGCCCUUGUCCAGAGCACAGCCAAUGGUAUAUUGUACUCAUUUGGUCGCAUCCUGCUGCUCGAUGCCUCGCCGCCAGGGAAGGAGGGUGCAUUUGCAGUCUGGUACGCAUUUGUGCGCUGCAUUGGCUUGAUGAUUGGCUUUGCUGCUGCAUCUGCUGGCCCUGGGCGUGCUGGAGGAUCAUUUGCUGCUGCAUUCCUGGCGAGCUUCCUCGGCAUCAUUGUGCUGAUCUUUGGCAAUGUGAGCAACAUCGGGGCACUGAAGGCCGCCGGGCAUCUUAAGGGAAUGGACGAUGAGAAGAGUUUGGGUAGUCUUGGCAGGGAGAAAGGUGAAGGCAUGGGCGCAGUUGCUGAUUCAGGCGAAAACAGGGGGAGGGUAUGAUGAUUUAUUUAAAUGGUGUAUCUGGGAGGAAAAGAAGAUUGCAUUGCUGUGGAGGGUUGUGUUUGUGAGAAGGAUUUGUUCUUGUUUCGUGGUCAUGUUGCAGUGACACUGUUAAUUUCAGUGCUUUGCCCCUUUUAUGCAUGAUGAUGACAUAGUGGUAGAUGAGUGUGCUAGUUAAUGUGUUAUUCUUUUGCUUGGAAGACAAUUGUAACUGAUGAUAUGGUUCUUUGUUCAUCACCCCCCCCAAAAUCUCUUGCAGUCAAGCUCCAUGAUUUCUGUCGAAAGUUUGAUUGUGUAGAGUGAAAUAAACUUCUCGUAAUCUUUGUAGUGUGCAUUCA